AUGGCAACUCGAGAUCAAUUCAGACCUGUCGUUGAACAAAGACAUAUCAUGGCCGCAUCAAACAGCCGACGAGACGUCCAGUCAAAGUUAUGGGUCCCAAUGAUCGUUAUUGUCGUGGUUGUACUGCAAGUAGCUUCGACAACUGGACUCCUCGUCUUCUUGAACAUGUCAGUUGCUCAGGUGAGGAGUCAAGGGGUGGCUGAGGAGUUACGUUGCCUGGGGCUCCUUAAUGCCCUGGAGAAAGACCAGGAGAUACCGGAGUCUCUGGUUCAACUGUUUGGGGAGCCCUGCAUCAAACUGGCCCAGGGAAUAAGGGCCUAUGUCACCAAGGUGACAGAAAAUAUUAUUUCAAAACACGCCGUUCCAGAGCCCAGUGCCCAGCCCAGAACCAAGCCCGUCAGUUCUGCAGGGCAUCAGAAGCCCUCUGCUCACCUCACACUCCGAGACAGUAGCUUACAAGGCCCUAUAUCCCUGGCCCCUCAGAAAGACCUGCAUCAGUCCUGCCGCCACCCGGUCCGGUCCUGGGGCAACCAGAGUUUCGGCUCCCAUCUCCACAACAUGACCCUGUCUCAUGGACGCCUACGCAUCCCCCGGUCCGGACGUUAUUACUUGUAUGCCCAGGUGUACUUCCGCUAUCCCUCCCUCACCCACGAGGGGGGUAACCACCAUGGGGGCACCUCCAGCUACCAGCUGGUCCAGUGUGUUUACAAGAAGACGUCAUACGCCAAGCCCCUUCAGUUGCUGAAGGGGGUGGGCACCAAGUGCUGGGCGCCUGACACAGAGUAUGCCCUCCACUCUGUCUACCAGGGAGGCCUGUUUGAGCUGAGGGCCGGGGAUGAGAUCUUUGUUUCUGUGUCGUCGCCUACAGCCGUGCACGCAGAGGACUCAUCCAGCUAUUUUGGGGCAUUCCGAUUUGACCCAUGA